AUGAUGGAAAAAGAACAUGUAAAUGAACAAGAGGAAGGUUCAUUAAAGACAAUAAUUUUAAAUUUUUUCGGUUUCACCAUAAUUAUUACAAUCGCUUUGAUAGUUCACUUAUAUUAUGGAAACCAUCGACUUACACCUCAUGGAAGUGUGGCUAGUGACGAUUUCGAAUGCAGUAAAAUUGGACUUGAUCUUUUGAAAGUCGGGGGUAAUUCUAUUGAUGCAGCAAUUGCAACAGUCUUCUGUUUAGGAGUUGUAAAUUUCCACAUAACUGGAUUAGGAGGGUAUGUGUUUUAA